UUCCGUUUGUCGAGCUAACCAUUCGGCUCGCGGCGGAGGACUUUGAUACAUGUUGUCACUGACUACACAGAGAGGUGCAUUAAGUUACCCAAAUUUACGGUUGUUGAGAGAAGCGGAAAAAUAAACGAAAAAACGAAUUUCUCCGAGAAUGACAGACUUGGGGAUUUCACUGGCACUAUUGGCGACAACAGUACUUCUCUGCGAGGCGACGCGCAGACUGAUCUCGCGCCUCUUCUCUGGCAAGGAUUAUGCGAUUUACCUAGUGGAAAUUGUCUCGACCUACCAGCUCUGUGCAUGUACGCACGAACUCAAAGUCCUGGGCGAAGUUGGCAGAAUCGAACCACAUAUAGCACUCACACUGACUUUCAUAAUCACGGUGGUCCACGUAAUAACUUUUCACGGGGCGUUCGCCAACCCAAAUGGUGCUAUCGAGAACGUUUACCGCAAGAAUAUCACAGGGAAAACUGCGGUGGCGCGCAUAACUUGUAUGUUUAUAGGUGGGAAAGCUGCGCAGCUCCUCGUGCCCCACAUUUGGUCCUUGGGUCUAUCCGACCACCACCUCAGGCACAAAAGGUUCGGAUUUAAAUGCUUCAGUCCCAUCAAUGGGUCCCUGUUGGAGGCCGCUGGUGUGGAGCUGGCUUGCACUUUCGCUGUCCAAGCCGCAGUCCUCCACAUUCAUAAACUAGACGAGAGAUUCCACGCCCCUGUCAUCGCUGCUGUCAUUACAUCACUGGUUUACUCAGGGGGUCAUAUUUCAGGGGCUGUUUUCAACCCAAUCAUGGCCUUCUCCGUCCAGUUCCCCUGCAGUGGACACACCUUCCUGGAAUAUGCUUUUGUCUACUGGCUAGGACCAGUCAUAGGCAUGGCAAUGUGCAUCCUGCUCUUUGACAAAAUCAUCCCACUCCUAUCUGGGAAAAGCACAAUGGGCCUGGGCAUCCCUGUUGUCCAGAAGAAGAAGAUACAGUAACACACAACUGAGAUUGUGGCUUAGCCCUCUGAGUAGGCCCUUUUAUAUAUGGAUGGUGCCAGGGCGGCCAUUAGUUUGAUCAUUAUGGUCACCUUAACAUGACUAGGUCUAAGGGCGUUCACACAUACUAAGUCUUAACUUCGAUCAUUUUACCCCCCCCCCCCAAAAAAAGAAAAACUGUAGUGGGCAUAAAUCUAUAAUCUAUCGGAUUAUCAAUAUUGGUGCCUGCCACAAACAAAAACCAGUAUUCUGUCUAUGCUUAGGGCUAAGUGCUCAUCCAUGCAACAAACAGUUGCUACUCAUUUUCAAUUUAUGCUGCCCUAAAGAAGGGCCAUAACAUCAGCUGUUGAUCAGUAAAACAUUUUUACUUAAUGUAAGAUUUUUAUAUGGAAAAUGUGCUGAGAAAAGGCUCCCUGGACUUUGUCAUUAUGCAAUAUUUGUCAUUAGUGCAGGGUUACUUCUAAUGGCAUAACAUGUUCCUGUAUGAAACUAUCCGAAACUGUCAUGACCUCAUGAACUGAAAUUAACCUUCUACUAUGGAUGACUACAGCAAUGGCAUACAAUGCAUUCGGAAAGUAUUCAGACCCCUUGACCUUUUCUAUUGUUACGUUAGCCUUAUUCUAAAAUGUA